UCAUUAUCUUCUUCAUCAUCAUCAUCUUCAUUAUCAUCAUCAUCAUCAUCAUUAUCUUCUUCAUCAUCAUCAUCUUCAUUAUCAUCAUCAUCAUCAUCGUUAUCUUCUUCAUCAUCAUCAUCUUCAUUAUCAUCAUCAUCAUCAUCGUUAUCUUCUUCAUCAUCAUCAUCUUCAUUAUCAUCAUCAUCAUCAUCGUUAUCUUCUUCAUCAUCAUCAUCUUCAUUAUCAUCAUCAUCAUCAUCGUUAUCUUCUUCAUCAUCAUCAUCUUCAUUAUCAUCAUCAUCAUCAUCGUUAUCUUCUUCAUCAUCAUCAUCUUCAUUAUCAUCAUCAUCAUCAUCAUUAUCUUCUUAAUCAUCAUCAUCUUCAUUAUCAUCAUCAUCAUCAUCGUUAUCUUCUUCAUCAUCAUCAUCUUCAUUAUCAUCAUCAUCAUCAUCAUUAUCUUCUUCAUCAUCAUCAUUUUCAUUAUCAUCAUCAUCAUCAUCAUUAUCUUCUUCAUCAUCAUCGUCUUCAUCAUCAUCAUCUUCAUCAUCAUCAUCAUCACCAUCAUUAUCUUCUUCAUCAUCAUCAUCAUCAUCAUCAUCAUCAUCAUUAUCUUCUUCAUCAUCAUCAUUUUCAUCAUCAUCAUCAUCAUCAUCAUUAUCAUUAUCUUCUUCAUCAUCU